ACUUGAUCACCAUUAACGCCUGAUGUUUACGCUACUUUUGAAAUUUCCGACACUUUCGCCGGUUCGUGAACGCAUCCAUGACGCCAGUGUGACCGCAGCGUGCCUGCACGAAAAACAGCAGCGACCAAAAAUACAGACAAAAUGAUUCCAGAGCUGUCCAACCCCGCCGUGUGCAUGAAAGACCCCCAGAGGGUGCAAGAGAUCCUGCAGGCCAUCGUGAAGGCUGGAUCCAACACCCUGCAGGUGAUCUCAGACUUUGAUAUGACUCUCACAAGAUUUUCGUACAAUGGGAAAAGGUGCCCGACCUGUCACAAUAUACUUGAUAACAGCAAAAUCAUCUCUGAUGACUGCAAACAAAAGCUGGACCAUCUUCUUAAGACUUACUACCCCAUAGAGAUCGAUUCUGCACGAUCCGUGGAGGAGAAGCUGCCUCUAAUGGUGGAGUGGUGGACCAAAGCUCACAAGCUCCUAGUAGAGCAGAAGAUCAGGAAAGACCUGCUGGCCACAGCAGUGCGCGAGUCUGAAGCCAUGCUGAGGGACGGCUACCAGCUCUUCUUCGACCACCUGCAUGAGCACAGCAUCCCUCUGCUCAUCUUCUCUGCUGGAAUAGGAGACAUCCUGGAAGAGGUGAUACGGCAGGCAGGCGUCUUCCACCCCAACGUCAACGUCUUCUCCAACUACAUGGAUUUUGAUGAGUCCGGAGCUUUGAAAGCUUUCAAGGGAGAGUUGAUUCACAUCUACAAUAAAAGGGAAGGCGCGCUGCUCAACACGGGCCAUUUCCAGGAGCUACGGACACGGCCCAACGUGCUGCUGCUGGGAGACUCUCUGGGGGAUCUGACCAUGGCUGACGGCGUCCAGGAUAUGGAGAACAUACUCAAAAUUGGGUUCCUCAAUGACAAGGUGGAGGAGAGGAAGCAGAUGUACUUGGACUCGUAUGACAUAGUGUUGAUAAAGGAUGAAACCUUGGAAGUCCCCAACGCCGUACUCCAUCAUCUCACUGGGAAUAAAUGAACUGUAAAUUGUCUGCUGUCCUUAAGACGGCGAGCUGAGGAGGGACCUGCUCAGAGAGCUCAGCUAGGAAUGUUACUUGUUACUUGUUACUUUUGUUUUCCCAAAACACACCUGAACGUGUCUGUGUCAGACUCUGCCAGCCGGUACCCGAGCUCAUCUCACACCACCCGUAUCGCCUCUGUCUACGGGCUCUGAUAUCAUGGGACCACAGUCCUGUGUGACAGUCAAAUGUGUACCGUCUUACACCAUUUGUAAAGGUUUUGUGUUCUUCUUUUCUUUUUUAUUCUUUAAGUUAGUUUUGUUGCAUGCUUCUGGUUUUCAUACAGGAUUUAAUGAUGGGAAGAUAAAACGGUUUAAAAAGGAGCACUUCACUUGGUAUUUGGGAUUUCCAACCACUUGCACACAGUAAAGCUCCUCUCCAGUGAAUUUUAACCUGAAAAAACCCCAUUCAUUUAAUCACACUGUAUUUUUUGGGACUUUAAAAAAAAAAAUUGAAUUGCUGAGAUUUGUACCAAUUGAUUUUUGCUUUCGUGGCUAUUUUGUUUUUUUUUGGUUAAAACAAACCUUUUCAUCAUGUUCCGAAUGUGGUUUCAUCUAUCUGCAAGACUAAUUGAAAAGGUACCAUUUACACAUACAGUGAAAAGGAAUCUGAUCCAUCUUCAUUUUAUUACAAAAGUUUAUUGCGUCUCACACCACAGUGAUACAUGUUUUUCUGUUAUGGAAAGUCUGUUAAAACUGACAUACUGUUAAGACCAGUGGUUUUUAAAUCGCGUGUAUUGAGGGUGGGAGUUUUGAAUAAAAAAACAAAACAAAAAAACGUUAUUUGAAUUAUUUAUGAAUGAAAUAUUCUGCAAGUUAGAAAUUA